AUGAUCCUGAAACUGGUUUCUUAUGCAGGGAACCUCUUUGGGUUCCUGUUCUUAACAUUGUCUAUUGCCUCUGGCCUCUAUUACAUUAGUGAGUUGGUCGAAGAAUACUCAGAACCUACUAAGCGGUUUUUGACGAGGGCCAUAUAUGGUGUCAUUGGAUUACUGGUGUCGUUAUUGAUUUUUGAUAAAUUCCCAUUCAAAUUAACUGUCUUUGCGAUUGCAUCUCAUGUCCUCUACUUACAGAAUAUGAAAGGGUUUCCUUUUGUCAGUUUUACAAAUCCUACGUUCCUUUUGAGUUGCGCGUGCACUGUUCUGAAUCAUUAUCUAUGGUUCAAAUACUUCAACGACGUUGAAAUACCUCCCCAAUUCAAAUUCAAUCCUAACUAUAUACCAAAGAAAAGGGCUACCUUUUCAGAGGUGGCUUCUUUUUUUGCAAUCUGUGUGUGGUUUAUUCCCUUCUCCUUAUUUGUUUCCUUAUCAGCUGGUGACUACGUUCUACCGACCGCAGAAGAACUAAAGAAAACAGAUGAUCCAACGGCUCAACCUAAGCUUCGUAAGAGAACGAUCAACCUUGUCCGUGUUGCUAUCAACAAUGUUAGGGGCUUCAUCCGUUCCUCGUUAAGAAUAUUCGGGUUCAAAAUUGCUGAGCCAGAAUAUGACAGACUAUCUAUCUAG